AUGGCUGGUAAACGUGGUGAUGCCUCGGCCGAAACCCAAGGCAAGGCAAAGAAACAAAAGGUUGCUGCUGCUAAAAGUGGUCCACCCGUCGAUCCCAUGAUUCGAGAAAUGGAGUACACCAUCAUGCUGGGGACCUCGUUGGAUUUACGAAUCUUGCCACGAAAGGACUUGAUUUCUCUUUCCAACGGUUUCAUACAAAGAGCCAAGGAACUGAACGAACCUCGUGUCGUAGUAGGCUACAAAGAAGCCGAACAAUCCCACUACGAUCAAAUACGGCAAUCUGGCUUUACGGACGAGGACGGCGUUUGGAGAAACCUAAACUCGUGCAUGCCCGACGUGGCCAACCCACCCAAAAAGCGCCGCUUUUGGUUUGUCGCGACUGUCUUGGAAAAUCCACCACAACUGGAAACCAUGGACCAAAUGACCACCAAGGAUAUUGGUUCACCUAGCAGUGUUUUGCCGUUGGCGUGUCUAGAACCAAAGACUUUCAAGAAACCACAUUCCGAAAUCAUAGAGCUUUCCGCAGUCCUUUCCAAGCGCUUGAGAGGGAUUAUCAACGAUCAUUUGAAAUCGGAAUUGGGACUUCAGGUGAUUAAGAGUGAAAGUGAUUCGGAAACGGAAGAAGAAGAUGGGGAAGAAGAAGAAGAAGAGGAAGAGAAAUAG